AUGCGCGAGGUCAUCUCUAUCCACAUCGGCCAGGCCGGGAUUCAGGUCGGAAAUGCGUGCUGGGAGCUCUACUGCCUUGAGCAUGGCAUCCAGCCCGAUGGGCAGAUGCCUAGCGACAAGACGAUCGGCGGCGGUGACGACGCCUUCAACACCUUCUUCUCCGAGACCGGCGCCGGCAAGCACGUGCCCCGCUGCAUCUUCCUCGACCUCGAGCCCACCGUGGUGGACGAGGUCCGCACCGGCACCUACAGGCAGCUGUUCCACCCCGAGCAGCUGAUCUCCGGCAAGGAGGACGCCGCCAACAACUUUGCCCGCGGCCACUACACCAUCGGCAAGGAGAUCGUGGACCUUGCCCUGGACCGCAUCCGCAAGCUGGCCGACAACUGCACCGGCCUGCAGGGCUUCCUGGUCUUCAACGCCGUCGGCGGCGGCACCGGCUCGGGCCUGGGCUCCCUCCUGCUGGAGCGCCUGUCGGUGGACUACGGCAAGAAGUCCAAGCUGGGCUUCACGGUCUACCCCUCCCCCCAGGUGUCCACCGCCGUGGUGGAGCCCUACAACUCGGUGCUGUCCACCCACUCCCUGCUGGAGCACACCGACGUGGCCGUGAUGCUCGACAACGAGGCCGUGUACGACAUCUGCCGCCGUUCCCUCGACAUCGAGCGCCCCACCUAUACCAACCUCAACAGGCUGGUCGCCCAGGUCAUCUCCUCCCUGACCGCGUCCCUGCGCUUUGACGGCGCCCUCAACGUGGACAUCACCGAGUUCCAGACCAACCUGGUGCCCUACCCCCGCAUCCACUUCAUGCUCAGCUCCUACGCGCCCGUGAUCAGUGCCGAGAAGGCCUACCACGAGCAGCUGUCGGUGGCCGAGAUCACCAACAGCGCAUUUGAGCCCGCCAGCAUGAUGGCCAAGUGCGACCCCCGCCACGGCAAGUACAUGGCGUGCUGCCUGAUGUACCGCGGUGACGUGGUGCCCAAGGACGUCAACGCCUCGGUGGCCACCAUCAAGACCAAGAGGACCAUCCAGUUUGUGGACUGGUGCCCCACUGGCUUCAAGUGCGGCAUCAACUACCAGCCCCCGACCGUCGUGCCCGGCGGCGACCUGGCCAAGGUGCAGCGCGCGGUGUGCAUGAUCUCCAACUCCACCGCCGUCGCCGAGGUCUUCUCGCGCCUGGACCACAAGUUUGACCUGAUGUACGCCAAGCGCGCGUUUGUGCACUGGUACGUCGGGGAGGGCAUGGAGGAGGGCGAGUUCAGCGAGGCUCGCGAGGACCUGGCGGCACUGGAGAAGGACUACGAGGAGGUGGGCGCUGAGAGCGCUGAGGGCCAGGGCGAGGACGAGGGCGAGGAGUACUGA